CCCCGGCUCCAAAGUCCCUCCAGUCUCAAACCCAGGAGCCUUUCUUUUUUUGGGGGGGGGGGUGUCUGAUGACGUCGGGUGCGCACGUGGCCCCGGGGGCGGCAUCGGGGGGCUCGCACUGAGCGGCCGGCGGGAUGGGGCCGCCCUUGGAGAAACGCCGGGGCGACUGGCAGGAGCUGGAGGAGGAGUUCCAGCAGCUGCAGGAAACGCACAAAAUCUACAAGCAGAAACUGGAAGAGCUGAACAGCUUGCAGGCGGCAUGCAGCAGCUCGAUACAGAAGCAAAAGAGGGGCUUGCAGGACUUGACGGUAAGUCUUCACAGAUGCAAACGCAAUUGCAGCCACGAAGAAUCGGAACUCAUUCAGCAAAUCAACAGCCAGAUCAAAGAGCGGCACAAUGCUUUCUUUGACAUGGAAGCUUACCUGCCAAAGAAAAACGGUUUGUACUUAAACCUGGUGCUGGGAAAUGUGAAUGUAACGUUGCUAAGUAAUCAGGCAAAGUUUGCCUACAAAGAUGAAUAUUCCAAAUUGUGCACUGGACUUUAUAUUUAAAUAUUCAUCUGCUCGGGGGGGGGGGGAUUUUGCUCCUUCUCUUUCUUCAGGGUGACAGAUGAAGUGUUCAACUUCCUCUUAGUUUGGUAUUACUGCACGCUUGACAGUAUAAGGGAAAGUGUCCUCAUCAACAAUGGAUCAAAGAUUAAGGGAUGGUGGGUGUCCCAUCAUUAUGUCUCAACGUUUCUAUCUGGUGUGAUGUUAACAUGGCCAGAUGGUCUCAUGUACCAAAUGUUCCGCAACCAGUUUUUAGCAUUCUCAAUUUUUCAGAGUUGUGUCCAGUUUCUACAAUACUACUAUCAGAGUGGCUGCCUUUACAGACUUCGUGCCCUGGGGGAAAGAAACCACUUAGAUCUUACAGUGGAGGGAUUUCAGUCUUGGAUGUGGCGAGGGCUGACCUUUCUGCUCCCCUUCUUGUUCUUUGGGCAUUUCUGGCAGCUCUACAAUGCUAUCACACUUUUCGAAUUGUCAAGACAUAAGGAAUGUAAAGAAUGGCAGGUUUUUGUGCUUGCUCUCACAUUUCUGGUGCUCUUCCUUGGAAACUUCCUCACAACUCUAAAAGUAGUGCACACCAAACUCCAGAAGAACAAAAGGAAGAAGCUGUGAAAACAGGAUUGUGCUUCCGAUGACUGGAAUUUGGGGUUCGGUCCCUUUCUGCCUUCCCUUUGAUUAGACUUGUAUUUUGGACAUGUUCCAUGCUCGGCCUUUAACUGGCCCUACAGUAUGCAAACCGUGGAGGAGCCUGCAUCCUCUUUAUGCUAUGAAGUCUUCCCAGCUGACUUAAUUUGCAAGUGCUUCUCUUUCCAGCUGGUAGCCACUUGUUUCUGUUUAACUUAAUCCCACACCCAUUUGACUUUCCUCGGAAUACACCAGAGAUUGAUCCCUGCUAGGGAAAAGAUGGGAUUAUCAAGAGAGAAAGGAAGCUUUACUACUCCGACAUAAAGCAAGUGUUUGAUUAAAUGCUGGCUGAAAUGCCAGCAGAUAUUGGAAUCUUGGUGGCUGCUCCAAACUACUACAUGGUUCCCCUUCCUGAGCUCUAUGCAUUUUGAGACUCCAUCUUAGGAACAAACAGGGGCUGUGUGGGAACAGGGCUUGUGAACUUGAAGCUGCUAAUGGCUCUUCUCCACUUGCAGACUAAUUGGAAACACUGUCAGUGGCACAUAAAACAGGUGGAGGGGAUUCUUUGCCUCGUUACUGUAACUUAGACUUGCUUACAAACAAACAAAAAGCUAUGUAGAAAGCCUCUUGAAACCCAGUGAAUGAUACGGUAUAAUGUGGUUUGUUCGCACAGAGGUUGAAUGGGAUGUUCCGUUUACAGGAACUCAAAUUUUGUUGAGUCUUGAUAGGGGAUGGGGGAAGAAAAGAUAGCAAAUAAAAGUACUCCCUCCUCCAA